AUGGCGCGGAUCAUUUCAAGGAUGUUCAAAGCUGCCGGUCGAUUCCCCUUCUCGUCUGUUCUUUCGCAAUUCACACGUUCAAGUUAUGCAUCAACGCGCAAAAAUUUACUUUUAAGUGAUAAGACGAAAGUCAUUUGCCAGGGCUUUACUGGCAAGCAAGGAACUUUCCAUUCGCAGCAGACCCUGGCCUACGGAACGAAAUUAGUAGGAGGAGUCUCUCCUGGCAAAGGUGGCCAAACUCAUUUGGGUCUUCCUGUAUUUAAUACUGUUGGGGAGGCAAAGGAGGCGACUGGGGCCGAUGCUACUGUUAUAUAUGUUCCGCCUCAAUUUGCUGCCAGGGCAAUUGAUGAGGCAAUGGAAGCUGAAAUGCCUCUCAUAGUUUGCAUUACUGAAGGAAUUCCUCAGCAUGAUAUGAUCCGUGUUAAACAUCGUCUUGUUCGUCAGUCCAAGUCUCGUCUGCUGGGGCCUAACUGUCCCGGAAUAAUCAAGCCCGGUGUUUGCAAGAUCGGUAUCAUGCCUGGCCACAGCCACGCUCCAGGUCACAUAGGCAUCGUUUCAAGAUCCGGCACUCUGACUUAUGAGGCCGUGCACCAGACAACCGUGACGGGCCUUGGUCAAUCACUGUGCGUUGGUAUUGGUGGGGAUCCGUUCAACGGCACCGAUUUCAUUGAUUGUCUUGAGGUGUUCUUGGGUGAUCCAGACACACACGGCAUCAUAAUAAUCGGUGAGAUCGGUGGCCAGGCUGAGGAAGAGGCCGCAGCAUAUCUGAAGGAGCACAACAGUGGUCCCAGUAAGAAGCCCGUAGUGUCCUUCGUUGCAGGCGUUACUGCCCCUCCUGGUCGCCGCAUGGGUCAUGCAGGCGCUAUCAUAUCCGGUGGGAAGGGAGACGCGAAGUCAAAGAUUGCUGCUCUUGAAGAAGCUGGUGUCAUAGUGUCAAGAUCUCCAGCCAAAAUGGGCUCUGCUCUUAUGCAGGUGAUGUAUACAUUUCAACUUAUGGCCAGUUAA